CUGUUGUGUUGCAGAAUUCGAUGUUAUCGUAAGCCCGAAACGGACGAAGGGAUUUAAGUGGACAGUGAAUAUCGAGCAUGCAACCCUCGAAGGGCUCAAAAAUUCCAUACGUGCAGUAUACCAAAUGCCAGCACUUGAAAAUGAUGGAACGGUGUUCAACAUGGUAUGCGACAGCGGAAAAUACUCACCCCGAAAUGACCAAGAAUUUUGCGAAAUGCUCCACCUCCUUGUCUCAAAAAACAGUUUCAAGUUUACCGUAUUUAUAGAGACCCCCUCCAAGGCUUUCAACAACUGGACAUUCCCCAAAGUUUGCCAACUCUACAAUCUUAGUGAAAAUCCGAAUCCAGAUGUAUCCGUAUUUCCAACCUUUUUUUGUGGUUGCUCUGAUACGAAAAACGAAAAGUUCCAAACCGCCCUGGAUAAAUUAAUGUUAGAAUUAAAAACCUGUCUUGCCACAACACCCAUCAACCUCUCAUAUGAAGCAACAAAAACAAUAUAUACCUACUCGUACCUUGCAUCUGCCGUCUCGCUCUUCGAAACGUUGAUAAGGAUCCGGCCUGAAAAACUCAUUGAAGGUAAAACCGAUUAUGCGAUGGAAUCAUGUGCAACGGGACUGAUUAUCGGCGUUGUAGAAGUCCAGAGGGAGGAUUUUUUGCAAGGCAUUGCGCAGGCAACCGUACAAAUGGAAUCAUCAUUGGCGAGUUGCAAGCGGAAGGUUGAUGAAUUGGAGACUGAACAAGUUGUUGGUUCCGUUUUCGUAAUUGUGACUGAUGCAAAAGAAUUCUACUUCCUUGAAUGUACACUGGACGAUCAAGAAAAACCAUUAUUCAAGCUCUCAAAACCGGCCGUUGUUGUAUACGAGGAUGAGGAUAUGAAAGUCAAGGUAGAGAAAGUUCUUUCUCAUAUCGUAUGGCUACUAGAAGAGGUUCAAAAAGCGGAUGAAUUGGAAGGUGGAAAUAAAAGAGUUAAGGUAGAUUAG